CUCAAUAUUCCAAAUUCUCUCUCCGAUCAUAACAAAUUCCAUUCAUAAAGAAACAUAUUGUUUCAAUUCUGAUCAGGAGAGAGAAUUUUUUUUUUAAUUACGAUUUUGCCCUUUUGUUUUUGGAAAUACGUAUGUGUGUAUUGAUCAAACUGGGUUUCUCUUCAAAUUCAAAUCUAUUCAUUACUUGCUUUUUAAUCUUUAUUCUCCAUUUUACCCCUACUAAGAUUAUUAUUAUUAUUAAUAAUAACUCAUUAAUACUGAGAUUGUUAUUAAGAUUUAAUAUAUCUUAAUCCAAUUAAUAAUUCUGUAUUUUAUUGGGUUGAUUGUCAAUAAUUCCAUUUUAUUAGCAAAUGGAUUCUCAAAACAAGAGUAAUCGUCAGCUUCAAAGAGCUCCUUGCUUCUCAAAUGCUGGACGGAGGUAUGUGGCUUCGCCAUCUGUCAUUGUAAUAGGUGGUGGUAUGGCAGGCCUUGCAGCUGCUCGGGCUCUUCAUGACGAGUCAUUUCAGGUGGUUGUGCUAGAAUCACGAGAUAGAAUUGGAGGCCGAGUUCACACUGAUUAUUCUUUUGGUUUUCCUGUUGACUUGGGUGCAUCAUGGUUGCAUGGCGUCUGCAAUGAGAAUCCUUUGGCACCUCUUAUUGGAAAACUAGGAUUGCCUCUCUAUCGAACAAGUGGUGACAAUUCAGUUUUGUACGACCAUGAUCUGGAAAGUUACGGGCUUUUCGAUAUGGAGGGUAACCAAGUGCCCCAGGACUUAGUCUCAAAGGUUGGCGAGACUUUUGAGAGCAUUUUGAAGGAGACUGAUAAAAUUAGGCAAGAAUUUAGUGAAGACAUGUCUAUCAGCCGUGCUAUAUCAAUGGUUUUUGAAAGGAGACCCGAUUUAAGGUUGAAUGGCCUUGCUCAUAAGGUGUUGCAGUGGUACCUAUGCAGAAUGGAAGGCUGGUUUGCUGCAGAUGCGGAUACCAUAUCACUCAAGUGUUGGGACCAGGAAGAAUUGCUACCUGGUGGGCAUGGUCUUAUGGUCCGGGGAUAUAAGCCUGUCAUCAAUACACUAGCAAAAGGGCUUGACAUUCGCUUAAAUCACAGGGUUACAGAAGUUUCUAGACGUUAUAAUGGUGUGACGGUAACAGUUGAGGAUGGGAGUACUUUUGUAGCGGACGCUGCCAUUAUUGCUCUUCCUCUUGGUGUUCUAAAAUCAAAUUGCAUCAAGUUUGAACCAAGAUUACCUGAAUGGAAAGAGGCUGCCAUUAAAGAACUUGGUGUAGGAAUUGAGAACAAGAUUAUUUUGCACUUUCAAGACGUGUUCUGGCCAAAUGUUGAGUUCUUGGGAGUAGUUGCAGAAAGCUCAUAUGAGUGCAGUUACUUUCUUAAUCUUCACAAGGCUACUGGCCAUAAUGUCCUUGUUUAUAUGCCUGCUGGGCAACUGGCCCGUGACACUGGGAAACUGUCUGAUGAGGCUGCUGCUGAUUUUGCAUUUACACAACUUAAGAGGAUUCUUCCCAAUGCGACUGCUCCUAUUCAGUAUCUUGUUUCUCGUUGGGGUACAGACAUAAACUCACUGGGAUCAUAUAGCUAUGAUAUAGUAGGGAAGCCGCAUGAUUUAUAUGAAAGGCUUAGAAUACCAGUAGAUAACCUAUUCUUUGCUGGGGAGGCAACGAGUGCAGAUUACCCGGGUUCCGUGCACGGUGCAUAUUCAACUGGAUUAUUAGCUGCUGAGGACUGCAGGAUGCGUGUCCUAGAACGACAUGGAGAGUUGGAUAUUUUUCAGCCGGUCAUGGGUGAGGAAACACUUAUUCCCAUUUUGAUAUCCAGAAUGUAAACUUGUAGGGAAUAUACAGAGAAACAUUUUAAUUUAGACGCGACAUGGGAUUGAGCUGACACCAUAUGACUGGCUGCUUAGUGAAAAAAAUGUUGAAAUCACAAGGUUUCUAAAUGUGUUUUUCAGCAUCAGCUAAAAGCAGGCAGUCUUUCCUUGUCGUAAAUUUAGCAUUUCCGGGUGAACUGGGCAAUAGAGGACAUUUUUGAUGUAAUACAGUACUAGAGCUGUGAACUGCAGCCUGUGUUUAAGAAGAAUUAUCAUUUAAUGAAUUCCAUAUUUUCGUGUAA